AUGGGGUUUCAAAAGAUUCCGGUUGAUAAUCCCAUCGUGGAGAUGGACGGAGAUGAGAUGGCACGGGUCAUCUGGUCCAUGAUCAAAGAAAAGCUCAUCCACCCCUUCCUCGAUCUAAACAUAAAGUACUUCGACCUGGGCCUGCCUCACCGCGAGGCCACCAACGACCAGGUCACGAUUGAGAGCGCACAAGCAACACUCGAGUAUAAUGUGGCAGUCAAGUGUGCGACAAUCACUCCUGACGAAGAGAGGGUGCGGGAGUUUGGACUCAAGGCAAUGUGGAAGAGCCCCAAUAGCACCAUCCGCAACAUUCUAAACGGCACUGUGUUCCGAGAACCUAUUCUCAUCCGCAACAUUCCCCGCCUCGUGCCAUCAUGGACGCACCCCAUAGUGAUCGGCCGGCACGCCUUUGGGGAUCAGUAUCGAGCCACUGAGAUGGCCAUUCCCGGCCCUGGCAAGCUCAAGCUAGUCUAUGAAACCCCUCAAGGCACCAGUCAAGUCUUGGACGUCUAUGAUUUCAACUCGCCACAGUCUGCAGCUGCUGCUGCUGGCGGUGUGGCUCUUGCCAUGUACAACACAGAUGAGUCCAUCAGAGCAUUCGCUGAGUCAUCCAUGGCCAUGGCGUAUCAGAAGAGGUGGCCGCUGUAUCUGAGCACCAAGAACACCAUCCUCAAAACCUACGACGGCAGGUUCAAGAACAUAUUCCAGCAGGUGUACGAAGAUAAGUGGAGGCAUCAGUUUGAGGCAGCAGGGGUGGGGUAUGAGCACCGGCUGAUCGACGACAUGGUGGCCUUCUGUCUCAAGAGCCCGGGGGCGUUCGUGUGGGCGUGCAAGAACUACGAUGGAGACGUGCAAAGCGACAUGCUGGCACAAGGUUUUGGCUCCCUUGGCCUCAUGACCAGCAUUCUGGUGUGUCCGGAUGGGAAGACAGUUGAAGCGGAGGCAGCACACGGCACGGUGACGCGGCACUACCGCGUGCAUCAGAGGGGAGGGGAGACGAGCACCAACAGCAUCGCCUCCAUCUUCGCCUGGUCCAAGGGGCUCGCACACCGGGCCACUCUGGACGGCAACAGCAGACUCGCAGCAUUCUGCAACCAGCUGGAGGCGGCGUGUGUUGAUACGGUGGAGAGCGGUGGAAUGACCCGCGACCUGGCCCUACUGGUGCAUGGAAACAAGGUGUCGCGGGGAGACUACCUCAACACAGAGGAGUUUAUAGAUGCAGUUGCUGCCUGCCUUAGACAAUGCCUGUUGAGUGGAGGGGAGGGGUGUGAUGGGCGUAGUAGGAUGUAA